UCAAAAGAUACAUCGGGAUUAUAGCCGUGGAUCUGGGGUCAUUUUGAAUGAUCCAAACCGUUAAUCUGACGAUAUUUACAGCUUAUGUUGGUCGACUCAAAAACAUUGAUUUAUAAGAUUCAAAAACUUGGCUCACAAAACAACAUUUACAGCUACGGUCAAUAUUCAAAUUGAAAGAAUGAAACGAUCAAAGGGUUUAGAUAUUUCCAUUAAAGAUUCUUUUUUCCUGGAUAAUCCAUCCACGAUGAGGUCCACCCCAUAAACGGUUUGGAUUGUUAAGAGAUGGCCCAGAUAAAACGGCCAUAGUCUGAUGUAUCCUAUCCACUACAUAGGGACGUAUUGUAGCAGACCAUAAAGACAGAGAAAAUCAAGCUCCAAUCAACGGGAAUAAUCAGUUACAGAGCUAGAAUGACAUUUGAAUUCAAAAAAGGGCUAUUUAAAGAAGAAGAGAGGGAGGAGGAAUCCAUGAAGAAGUAAGAUUCUGUGUAGAGGGGUUUGUAUGAUUUGUUUUUGAAGGCGUUUCUCUUCUGAAAUGGGAGAGAUGGAGAAUAGCAAGGUUGCUUCUUAUUCAUGGUGGUGGGAUAGCCAUAAUAGUCCCACCCACUCUCAAUGGCUCGAGUCUACUUUAUCAGGUUUCUUUCUUUCUCCUUAAAUCAGGUGCUUAAUCCAAACCGUCCAACUUGUGGGCCACAUUGUGGAUAAUUCAUAUCUCCAGAAUUCUGACAACCAUGCAUCCAAUUGAUGGUGUGAUCAAAUGGUUGGUUAAAAGCAAAAUAGUGAGUGGUACAAAUUCCAAGUGCAAAAUCAGAUGGUUAUUAACAUCUUGGCAGUGCAGCUGUUUUGUUACGCUUCAUCCACAAUUGGGUCAGUGAUUUGGACGGUAUGGAUUGCCCCACAACUAUACAAUGUUCAUGGUUGGAGUGUCACCACCCACCAUUCAUCAUUUCUAGAGCGGUGGUGAACUACCAUCAGAAAUUCUGAUUUUACGUGAGAAUGACCAAAAUAACCCUUUUUUUUCCCCUUAAAAAGUGGUGAAUUUGAGAAUUGUGGAAUGCAUGUGGGCCAAAAAUCAGGCGUAUCCAAUCAUCAGAUGGGCUUCGCAUGAAGUUUUGAUAUUUUUAGCUGGCCUAUAUUUUUUUUUUAUGGUGUGGCCCACCUGAUGAUUGUAUCGCCUUGAUUUUUAGUUCAUCUAUAUCAUCAUGGUGGGUUACAAUACUGUUUGGAUGUCAGAAUUCACCCUAAAAUGGACAUGGCUUGGUAAAAUCAGAAUUCCAGAGGAAUUCUUGAGGUAGAAAUCCGGUUAUAUUCCUUUGAUGAGGUAUUAUAUGCAUGGUGUCCAUGAAUGAAGGGUGGGUCCUGUAGUUAAGUAAUCCUGAUCAUUGGUCUGUUAGGCUCCACACCUUCACCACAUGGUCCAAAAUUUUCCACCACCAUAGGGUUCAUUCCUAGCCUUCCAACUUGUAGUUUCCAGAUGUAUGGUUAAAAGACGGUCCGAUUGAAUGCUAGAAAUGCCCAAGAUUGGUGGUUAGGAUUUUCUAAUAUGUAACAUUUUAAUGAUUAUUUAAGAUCCUAACCAUCUCUGGAUUUUAUUUUAUUUUAUCCCAACUGAUACUGUAGAUAAGGCUAAUGAUUAUUUUGUGGAAUUUAUGUUUUUUCAUAUAUCCAAACAGCCACUGCUGUCUCAUCAAUGGCAUAUAAUUUCUGUUUUUUCUUGAUCCCUCGUAUCCAAACAUGUCCUAAACUCUCUCCAUGUGCCAGUGGGGCCCAAAUUCAGAUGAUAAUGAGCAGCUAUAGAUAAAGGUUGUCAUCAAUAUCAUCAUAAAAAGAAAUAUACAUGAAUAUGUUUUUUUUCCUGUUGAUGUUGAAGCAUGCCACUUCAUGUAAUCUGUUGUUAUCUGCAGAUAUAGAUCAGAAAACAAAGGCCAUGCUAACACUGAUACAAGAUGAUGGCGAUUCUUUUGCUCAACGAGCUGAAACGUAUUACAAGAAAAGACCAGAGCUUGUAAAACUGGUUGAAGAUUUCUACAGAUCAUACAGAUCUUUGGCAGAGCGCUACCACCGGCUGAAAUCAGAAUUCAUGCAAGCAGCUCAAUCGAGUUCGUCAACUUCAUCAGACUCCCUAAAACAAGCCCAAGAUCUCCAAAGCACUGGUGAAAAACUGAACAGGAAUGACAAUGAUUAUAGCCUAGAGCUUCCCCACUCAAAUCCUGAAUCCAUAGUCGAAGAUCCUAGUCCUGGAGGCGAUGCAUGCAUCCUGAAUUUGGACUUCUUGAAUAAAUCAUCCAUUGGCUUGAUCUUAAAUAAUAAAGAUGGACCAGACUCUAAUACUGAUAAACUGAAAGUUCAAAAUUCAAGACCAUUGAACAUUGAAACAGAAUUUGAAUUGCAUGGCUUGUUAGAGGAAGGGAGCAGGUUGUCUGAGAUGAGUUUUAACAUAUCGAUGCUCUUCCAAGAGCUGGUUCGGGGGAAUGAAGAGAAGAGAGAAGUCGUUAAAGAUCUCCGUUUGCAGAUCGACAAGCUGAUGGAUGAGAAUAAGGCUCUGCAGAAGAAUCUGAAUUACUCCAAGGUUCCUGCCAAGCAAAGCCCAUCUCAGAUGUUGAGAUUGAAGGGGCUUAUUUUGGGGAAGUUUCGUAGAGGUGGGCCGUGAUUAUAUACAACAAGCUUCAACUUUUUUAUGGGCAUAUGCAUAUAUAUUCAGCACACUGAAUGUUGCCUUGCAAGAGCAAAUAAACAUCACUGAUUUCAUGGUCUUCUUUCUCUUUUUCUUCUUCAGUAUCGACAUGUUAUGCAUUUUGAUCUUGAGAUGGGUGAAAUAUUGCAAAAUGUAUUAUAAAGAAUUGCACCAAUGUAGCUUAUUCCAACAUAAACUAAAGUACCUGUAUGUCUUUAUGUA